AUGGCCAAACCCAGGCAGAAGAAGAGAACGCAUGUCGGCGCUAACAAUCCCCAAAGGCGGGCCGAGAACAAUGCCGUCAGAAGCCCCAAGUCUUUCGUGGUGAGAAUCGGCGCCGGAUUGGUGGGCUCUUCAGUCUCUCAGCUGGCUGCCGAUAUCCGUCGUGUUCUGGAGCCCAACACCGCCUCCAAGCUCAAGGAACGCCGCGCAAACAGACUCAAAGAUUACAUCGUCAUGACCGGCCCCCUGGGCGUGACCCAUCUUGUUCUGUUGUCUCGCUCCGAGAGCGGCAACGUCAACCUGCGCCUCGCACUUACGCCCCGCGGUCCGACCUUCAACUUCCGAGUCGAAAAGUACUCUCUGUCCAAGGAUGUCCAGAAGGCGCAAAGACGACCCAAGGGAAGCGCAAAGGAACAACUCGCUCCACCAUUGCUGGUCAUGAACAACUUCCACUCUCCAGACUCCGAUGCGAAAUCCAAAGUUCCGAAACACCUCGAAUCUCUCGCGACUUCCGUCUUCCAAUCUCUGAUUCCUCCCAUCAACCCCACAGCGACGCCUCUCAAGAACAUCCGUCGAGUCUUGCUCCUGAACCGCGAACAAGAUCCCGAGAACGAGGGCUCCUUCAUCCUCAACUUCAGACACUAUGCCAUCACAACACGUGCCACGGGUAUCUCCAGACCCCUUCGAAGGCUCGACAGAGCCGAAAAGCUGCUGGCUUCCAAGGUCGGCAAGAAAGGCGGCGUGCCAAACCUGGGCAAGCUCGAGGAUAUCGCCGACUUCAUGAUCGGCGGCGAGGAUGGCGAGGGCUAUAUGACGGAUGCCACAAGCGGCAGCGAGGUCGACACGGAUGCCGAAAUCGAGGUUCUGGAGCCGGCAGCCAAGAAGAUUGCGAAGCAGCGCGCAGCCCCUGUGGAGGACGAAGCUGCCGACGACGCCGAUGCUGUCGAGAAACGCGCCGUCAAGUUGGUUGAGCUCGGCCCCCGCAUGCGCCUGCGCUUGACCAAGGUUGAAGAGGGUUUGUGUUCUGGCAAGGUCAUGUGGCACGAGUAUGUGCACAAAACGAAGGAAGAGGUGAAGGAGUUGGAAAAACGCUGGGAGAAGAGGAAUCAGGAGAAGGAGGCCCGGCGGAAACAGCAGAGGGAGAACGUCGAGAAGAAGAAGAAGGCCAAGGCCGAUCGAGGUGAUGCGGAAGGAGACGACAGCGACGUAGACAUGGACUACGACGAUGAGUUCGACAGCGAGGGCCUGGCGGGUGACGCAGAGUACCAGGCCAAUGAGGAAAUGGAGGAUGCCGGCGAGUGGGAGGAUGAAGAGGAAGAGAUUGCGAACGAGUGA